AUGGCGUCCUCCUUUACCAUGCACAAAACGGGGAGUGCCAACACGGGCGGGGCGACAUGGCAUCUUUCCAAAACUGUCAACUACACCGAAAGCAUUCCGUGGCGGGCGCUCCGCAACGAAGCGAGAAGAGCCUACGAGUGGCUCCUCGAAGAGGGCGAGCAGGCCUGGACCCAACCCGGAACCGACGACGGGGCAUUGCUGGCGGCGGCGCUCUUCAUGCCCGGGAUCCACGGGGGCGCCAUCUACUACUCCUCCAUCUGCAGGGGCGAGAAGGCCACCUUCAUGAAGAGCGCCAACACCGGCAGACGCACUGCGCCGGCGUGGUACGCGGCCAACAACAACAACCCGAACCAGACACACUGCGAAGACGGCGUCUGCUUCGACUUUGAGGCCUACAACGGCCGCCUGGACGACACCGACCCGGAUAAGGUCCGAAUCACCACGAACGGCUACCUCCCACUCGACAGCCAGGGCCGCGCCCUCGUCCCGCAGAUUGCCGUCUUUGGCGUCCGAAGCCGGAAAUACUACCCCAUCGCAGCCCUGCAACAGCCGUGCGCGGAGGGCGAGUCCAACAGACCCAAGAUCCCCGUGUGUCAGGUGGUCCUGCCUCACCUGCGAGUCCGUGUAUGCACCCCGGCCAAGAUCCGCGAGGAAGAAGAGGCCGAACGAGCCCGAGCGGCCCGCGAGGCCAGACAAGGCGGCGGCGGCGGCGGCGGCGGCGGUGGUGGUGCUGGAGGGGCAGGCCAGGGCUACGGAGCGAGUGGCGGUGCAGGGUACGGUGGUGGAGGAGGCCGCGGUGGUGGCGGAGCGAAUGCUGGUGGCGGCGGACGGACCGGUGGCGGGGGAGGGGGCGGCGGCGCGAACCCGGCCGCGGACCUGCCCGGGAUGAUGACGAACAUGAAGAUAGGGGGCAAGGUCGACUGGAAGCAGGAUAGCAGAGGCGACUGGUACUACAAGGACAGCCGGGGCGACCGGGUGUAUGAGAAACCCGCGGCGAAGAAGGCAUCCGUCACGCAGCCUAAGAAGACAUCCGCUCAGCCAGAGUGGAAGCAGGACAGCAAAGGCGACUGGUACUAUAAGGACAGCCGGGGCGACCGGGUGUAUGAGAAGCCCCCCUCUAAGAAAGCAUCCGUCACCCAGCCUAAGAAGGUAUCCAUCCAGCCAAAGAAGUCCAGUGGCGUAGACUGGAAACAAGACAGCAGGGGCGACUGGUACUACAAGAACAGCCGCGGCGACAGAAUCUAUGAGACUGCAUAA